GCUAUUUACCACCGGAACUGAUCCAAAAAGAUACACAACACUCUGAGCAUCUUUAGAUGAUUGGGAAACCUUGACCUUCAGCCGUCAAAGAUGUUUCUGCAAUUUGCAGAGAGGCGCAUUGGCGCCCCGCGGCUGCCCAUCAACCGUCGCAGAUUGCCCCAUCAUCGGCGUAACCUGAUCCCUGCCCCAAAAUCCAACUCUGGCCCUUUGAUGGAGCGACGGGCGGAUAGGGAGCUACCUUCUAUCACCGAAGAGCGUCGCUGGAUACGGACCUUACCUAUAUUUGCCGUUGUUGUGGGUGCAGCCAUGCUUGGUAUAUUUAACUACCAGAAGUCAUCCUCAAGCGUGGUUAGCAGUACUCUGUAUGCUCUCCGGACUUCCCCGCGGGCUCGGGAAAUCCUGGGCGACGAGAUUUAUUUUGCUCAGAAAAUUCCUUGGAUCAGCGGCGAGAUGAAUCAGUUACAUGGACGCAUCGACAUCUCGUUCUGGGUUAAGGGGACCAAAGGCCAGGGUAAAAUGAAAUUUCGCAGUAUUCGGCCAGAUCGGAUCAGUUAUUUUCGCACUGAAGAGUGGAGUUUGGAAAUAGAGGAUGGAACGGUUGUUCAGCUUCUUGACAGCGACAGUGAUCCUUUCCGUCAAAGCAAUUGAUUAAUGCCCAGUCCAAUAUUUCUCACUGCGUUUUCACUUGUCGCAUGGUAUUUGGACAUUUGUACAUGUAAAUAUAUAUCCAUGUACAAUGCAAUCAAGGCGUUUGGGGUUUAGAAAGCUUGUCAUGACUUUUUUACACCCCCUCAUUUAAUAUUUUUAUACUGUACUUUAGCUCCCAAUGAUUGACUGAUAGGAUCCUUGUAUGCACAUUUGUUUGGAAUA